ACUGUUUUGGGGGAUUUUACUGGAGUGGAUAGGGUGAUAAAGUUCCUAUUGUGAUAGGCUGGGGCGGAUUAGAAUGUCUCUGAUUCGCUGUUGUCUCUGAAGCCUUUCUUGCACGUACAAAGGCUCAGCCGUGACCGUCAGUUGUGUUCUACCAGAUGCGACACUCGGUGCUCGAUUGCUUUCGACUGUAGGGACCAUGGCCGACACAUGGGAUAAUGUUACAAUUCCUGAGUUCAACUCCCUUCUUCAAAUGGAUCCGUACCUCAAACAGUACGAAAAGGACUUCAGGAGGAGGUAUGGGCUGUUUGAGAAGCGUCUGUUGCUCCUGGAGGAGGCAGAAGGAGGCUUUGAUCAGUUCACUAGAAGCUACAGGACCUUUGGCGUGAACCGCAUGGCUGACAACACACUGGUGUUGAGGGAGUGGGCCCCAGCCGCGGAGGCCCUGUUCCUUACUGGAGACUUCAAUGGCUGGGACAACUUCUCUCACCCGUACAAGAAGAAAGAGUUUGGAAAAUGGGAACUGUGUCUGCCCCCCAAGCAUGACAAGUCACCAGCCAUCGAACACAACACCAAACUCAAGGUUGUGGUCCACACUAAGAAAGGGGAGCGUCUGUAUCGCAUCUCACCUUGGGCCAAGUACGCCAUCCAGUCCGAGAAACAAGUCAUCUAUGACUGGGUCCACUGGGACCCUCCUCAACCUUACCUACACAUCCACCCUCGCCCCAAGAAGCCUCAGAGUUUACGGAUCUACGAGUCCCACGUGGGCAUCGCCUCGCCUCUUCCUGAAGUCGCCUCCUACACCAACUUCACAAUCAAUGUCCUGCCUCGAAUAAAAGACUUGGGGUACAACUGUAUUCAGCUGAUGGCUGUCAUGGAGCAUGCAUACUAUGCCAGCUUCGGUUAUCAAGUCACAAGCUUCUUUGCUGCAUCCAGUCGUUACGGGACACCAGAGGAGUUGAAGCAGCUCAUAGACACCGCCCACUCCCUGGACAUCGUCGUCCUAUUGGACGUGGUCCAUAGCCACGCCUCCCAGAACACGGAGGAUGGGCUGAACUGUUUUGAUGGCUCCGACUCCUGCUUCUUCCACUCCCCUCCGCGCGGGGAGCAUGUUCUCUGGGGCAGCCGCCUCUUCAACUACUCCAGCUGGGAGGUGCUGAGGUUCCUGCUGUCUAAUCUGCGCUGGUGGAUGGAGGAGUAUCGUUUUGAUGGCUUCAGGUUCGAUGGGGUGACGUCCAUGAUGUACCAUCAUCAUGGUAUUGGCAGUAUGUUUUCAGGAGACUACUCUGAGUACUUUGGUCUUCAGGUGGAUGAAGAUUCCCUGGUGUAUCUGAUGACAGCUAAUCAUGUCCUGCACACCCUGUAUCCUGACUGCAUCACCAUCGCAGAGGAUGUAUCUGGGAUGCCAGCUGUGUGCCGGGCCGUGGCAGAAGGAGGGUUGGGCUUCGACUACCGUCUGGCCAUGGCUAUUCCGGAUAAAUGGAUCCAGAUUCUGAAGGAGUUAGCAGACGAGGCCUGGGACAUGGGUAACAUUGUCUACACUCUGACAAACAGACGAUACGGAGAGAACUGCAUCGCCUACGCUGAGAGCCACGACCAGUCUCUGGUAGGUGAUAAGUCCCUGGCGUUCUGGCUGAUGGAUAAAGAGAUGUACACCAACAUGAGUUCCCUGAUCCCCAUGACUCCCGUCAUCGACCGAGGCAUCCAGCUACAUAAGAUGAUCCGCCUCCUCACACACGCUCUGGGGGGAGAGGGCUACCUCAACUUCAUGGGUAAUGAGUUUGGCCACCCAGAGUGGCUGGACUUCCCCAGGAAGGGUAAUGAUGAGAGUUAUCAUUAUGCCAGGCGUCAGUACAACCUGCUGGAGACUGACCACCUCCGCUACAGACAGCUCUAUAACUUUGACCGGGACAUGAACCGUACCGAGGACAAGUACGGUUGGCUGGCUGCACCGCCGGCGUUUGUGAGUGCCAAACACGAGGGAGACAAGGUGAUAGUGUUUGAGAGAGGCAACGUGCUGUUUCUAUUCAACUUCCACCCAACCAGGAGCCAGACCAACUACAGAGUGGCUGUGGCCUCGCCUGGGAAAUACACCAUCAAGCUGGACAGUGAUGAGGUGGAGUACGGAGGCCAUGGCAGACUGGACCACAACACAGAGUUUUUUACUGAACCACAGUCCUUCAACGAGAGAGACAACUCUAUGCUGGUGUACAUCCCCUGCAGGACAGCUCUGAUCCUGGGUAAUGACGAUACAGAGUCCUGUUAUUAGAACGCUACGACUGACGCUCGCUACCAGCAGAAACAGACGCCCAGCUGGCGCCAACCUCAGUGUUAUCAACCAAUCACUGUCCGUUUCUUUUCAGUGUCAACCAACCACACGCCACUCAUGCCUUCUCCUUCCCUACCCGUAAUUCUACCACUUACACACAGUGUAUAUAUAUCAUUCAUAUUUUCAGUCCAUCCACCCACCACUAGUUUGCCAAGCCUUGGUAUGACACCUACAACACUUGAAAAGAAACCGUGGUACAGGGAUAUGGUAAUGCUAAUAUGCUAACAUAAAGCAUUGCUUGUGGUACAGUAAUGCCAACAUGCUAACAUAAAGCAUUGCUUGUGGUACAGUAAUGCUAACAUGCUAACAUAAAGCAUUACUUGUGGUACAGUAAUGCCAACAUGCUAACAUAAAGCAUUGCUUGUGGUACAGUAAUGCUAACAUGCUAACAUAAAGCAUUGCUUGUGGUACAGUAAUGCUAACAUGCUAACAUAAAGCAUUACUUGUGGUACAGUAAUGCUAACAUGCUAACAUAAAGCAUUGCUUGUGGCACAGUAAUGCUAACAUGCUAACAUAAAGCAUUACGUGUGGUACAGUAAUGCUAAUGCAGUUAGCAAUAGUACUACCUUCUCCACUGAUUCCAGCAUGCACAGGCUUGAAAAAAUAUUAUUUUACAUAUAUAUUGUAUUUUGAUCGGUGUGGUAUUUAUAUAAAAAUAUAAUACGCAUGCAAUUUUUGAUGUACAAUUUAAUGCUUAUGAUUUUGUAUUUAAAUGCCAACAAUGUUUUGCAAUUGGCCAUCCGAAAGUGUAUACUAUAAGAGUGUGUACUAUUUAAAAGUGGAUACUAUAAAAGUGUGUACUAUUUAAAAGUGGAUACUAUAAAAGUGUGUACUAUUUACAAGGAAUAGGACAGAAAAAGACUUACCAGUGCUGCAUUAGAACCAUGACUGCAUCCCAAAUGGCCCCCUAUUCCCUAUAUAGUGCACUACUUUUGACCUGGACCCAUAGGGCUCUGGUAAAAAAGUAGUGCACAAUAUAUUUAAGCGAUAAGGCCCUAGGAGGUGUGGUAUAUGGCCAAUAUACCACGGCUAAGGGCUGUUCUUAAGCACGAUACAUCGCGGAGUGCCUGGAUACAGUCCUUAGCGUUGGUAUAUUGGCCGUAUACCACAAACCCCCUGAGGUGCCUUAUUGCUAUUAUAAACUGGUUACCAAUGUAAUUAGAGCAGUAAAAAUUAAUAUUUUGUCAUAGCCGUGGUAUACUGGUCUGAUAUACCACGGCAGUCAGCCAAUCGGCAUUCAGGGCUCAAACCACCCAGUUUAUCUAGAGGAAAUAGGAUGUCAUUUAGGAAACAUACCAGGAGAUCCCUGUGGAUGUCAUCAUGCUUGCUUCGUCACUGUUGAUUUAUUGAUGCUUUGUUGGAAUUGUAUUUACAUCGAAAUAAGCCAUCUUGAAUAAUAUAUAUAAUUUUGUUGACUAACCUUACUUUAGUGGGUUUGUAAUACCUUUGUGGUGUGAUGAGUCUUCUGUCAAAGCAGCUAAGGAUCAUGCGUUUUACUUGUUUAUAUACUUUUUGUGUGUCGGUAAUUUGCAGCUAAAGCCACAUAGUAAGAGUACUGAUUACAGGCAGCUGAAAGCCAGUCUGCUAUAUGAGUCAUGUAAACUUCUGGAAUGGACAGUACUGGAUCCUGCUAAAAGACAGGAACUGGCCGUCCAUAUUCUGAACCAUUGUCCGUCCUGCCCAACUUACUUCCCUCUUGUCUGUCCCUUAUACUCUAUUUUAGACACUUUUACCCCUGGCGAAAAUGGAGCUUUGAUUUCAAUUAUACAUAUAUAUAUAUAUAUGUGUAUGUAUGUAUAUAUUGUUUAACGUUAUCUGCAAAGGUCCAUACUGUCAGUGAUUCUAAGGCUAAAAUACUAUUUCUAUUUAGGAAAAGACCAAGAUUGUUCAUGCUCACUGAAUACUUGUAUGUUACCUCCCAAAUUACCCCCUAUUCUUAAAUAGUGUACUGCUUUUCACCAGCCCGCCCCUUUGGGCUCUGGUCAAAAGUAGUGCACCAUAUAGAGUGUAACUUGGGAUUCAGCCUGUGUGGGUGGGUUAAGGUCAUGUAGCAUCAAACAUGAAGGAUCACUGAGUCGUAUUUACCAGAGGAUCACUGAGUCGUAUUUACCAGAGGAUCACUGAGUCGUAUUUACCAGAGGAUCACUGAGUCGUAUUUACCAGAGGGUCACUGAGUCGUAUUUACCAGAGGAUCACUGAGUCGUAUUUACCAGAGGAUCACUGAGUCGUAUUUACCAGAGGAUCACUGAGUCGUAUUUACCAGAGGAUCACUGAGUCGUAUUUACCAGAGGAUCACUGAGUCGUAUUUACCAGAGGAUCACUGAGUCGUAUUUACCAGAGGGAUCACUGAGUCGUAUUAGUUAGCUGUAGUAGUUAUUACCCGAAGACUUACUGUAUAACGGUUUGCGUCUCAAAUGGCACCUAAUUCCCUUCAUAGUGCACUAUUUUGGACCCGGGUCCAUAGGGCUCUGGUCAAAAAGGUUAAAUAAAACAUGUUUAAAAACUAGUGCACUAUAAAGGGAAUAGGGUGCGCCGUUUUGGUUAAAAGUAGUGCACUAUAAAGGGAAUAGGGUGCGCCGUUUUGGUUAAAAGUAGUGCACUAUAAAGGGAAUAGGGUGCCAUUUCAUUUGGGACUCUGCUGAUCUCUGCUGUGGUUUUGUGGUUGUGUUUUCAGCUGUUGUCUAACCUCGUCCCCAGACUGGGGGGUGUUUAACAUUGUCAUGUGAACAAGAGGUGAUGUUUUUUACUCCCCCCCCCCCCAAAAAAAAAAAAAUA